AUGGUUGCUCCUGCCUACUCCCAAGAUACCUAUGUCGACCAUGACUUGUCCACAAACUUGGACUCGACGUUUGCCUUUGAAGGGCCAGAAAAGCUUCUCGAAGUGUGGUUCUGGCCCUCGCCCGACCAAAUCCCAGACACCGUGUCCAAGGAGGGAUUGAGGGCCAUUCCCUUGGAAAAGUGGAAAGCCAUUUUGGACUUGGUCAACUGCAAAGUCUUGUCCAUGAAGUCCUCGGCUGCGUUGGAUGCCUAUUUGUUGCUGGAGUCGUCCUUGUUUGUGUUUCCACACAAAAUGAUUUUGAAGACGUGCGGAACCACCACCACAUUGGCAUGUAUUGAUGAAAUCUUUCACACUGCACGCUCGCACAUUGCGGUUGACAACAGUUCUCUUGAGCACUUGACUUCUCAGUCGGCUUUCAAGGUGUUUUACUCGCGCAGAUCGUUCAUGUUUCCCGACAGACAGAUCCACGUCCACACCGACUGGAAAAACGAGGUGCAGUUGCUCAACCGCCACUUCAAAUGCGGAAAGCUGUAUGUUGUUGGUGACUUCACGUCCGAUGACCACUGGUAUUUGUAUAUGGGUGGCUGUGGCAACACCAGACAGACCAGAGGCCACGGUCAUGACCAAACAUUCGAGAUCUUAAUGACUCGUUUGGAUCCGGCCAAGACCAAGCAAUUUGUCACCGAGCGUAAGCCAGGUGACACCCCUGCCACCGAAGACGACGAUCUUGACUUGGGUCAUGACCUCGGUCUCGCAACAAUGGCCAGCUCCACUUUGGACGCGAUCUUCAGGCCCGACUCGGCCCUGGCCAAUUUGCCAAUAGACACGGACUCGUACGCCAUUCCCUCGCCGCAAUUGAGCGACUCGAUGGAGAUGUCAGACGAUGAGGUUUUCCCCCAGCCAUCUGGGAUCAAGUUCAUCCAUGAUGCCUUCUCGUUCACGCCUUGUGGGUUUUCUUCAAACUCGGUGAGCCAAGGGCCAGAGGGUUUCUACUACACGCUUCACAUCACCCCUGAGGCAGGCUGGUCGUAUGCGUCCUUCGAGACAAACUACCCAUUCAGCCUGUGCAAGCGGGUUGAUAUUGUGAACGUCUUGAAAAAGGCAUUGGCCGUUUUCCAACCAGGCAAGUUCUCAAUGACGUUGUUCAGCGACCAACUGUGCAAAUGCAACGGCAAGCCAAACAACCCGUUUGCAAAGUUGGCUGCGUGUGACACGGAAUUGAGCAAGUUGGGCUACAACAAGCAGGAGAAAGCAGUCUACGACUUGAAAGGAGAAUACGACUUGUUAUACUUGAACUUCGAAAAGCAGUCUUAA